AUGUCUUUCAACAAACUCGCCCAUCUAGCCCUCCUCGCCCCCGCCGCAAUGGGCCUCGUCGUGUCCAAAGGCAUCACCCCAGAGCAGCUCGACAAGAUGAUGCCUCGUGGUGUAGACCAGCCCGGAAACCCUCGUCUUGACUUUGGAAAGGACAGUUGCUUCAGUACUGGAGCUAUCGGUGAAAACGAGGAAUGGACUGGUUGUGAGCCGACCAACAAGCUCGACGACGAAGGCCACUGCUCCAUCAGCCCUCACAGCGACGACCCCUGCGAGACCUUUUGUGAAAGGAGUCUGAAAUGGAGCUACGGCAAGGAGGUCAAGUUUGCCAACGCCGAGUGCCGCCGUGGCAAGUGCACCCUCGAAGAUCGUAUGGCCGUAACCUUUGGCGAGACCAUCAGCUGGGGUCUUCAGAUCGGUCACGGCGCCUUCACCGCCGGUGUCAGUUUCACCUACAACCAGGAGAAGCAGACGCUCAGCGGUGUGGUCCGCGACAAGCCGGAAGAUCUAAUUGAUGAGUGCGGAUACUGGACUUUUGUGCCGUACAUGGUCACUUCCUGCGGUAUCACAGCCAAGGGCGAACACACCCAAAACGCCUUCACGGGCGAAAAGUGCAAGAACCGCGCCGAAAAGGAAGAAUGCCUAACCGACUACCUCCGCCACUCUGACGGCAUGCCGGCCGGAGUGCCCGUCUUUGUCACGUACGACUGCGCAACUAGAGAGCGGCUCGCCUUUUGCAAGCAGGACGAGCUGUACCUGAAGCUGGGAGUUUCUGAGGACGAAAAGGUGCAUCAGGACUAUGCUCUUUCGUGGUGGGAUGGGGAUGUGUCGAGGGGACCUACGGGUACUGCGCAGGUUAUGUGCGAGAAGGGUAUUUGGCCUCCUUCUUAA